CUCAAAGAUUGCUUUAGAGUUUUCGGUUGAGGGCCCUUGCCGGGGCAAAGCAGAGUUGUGUUGUUCAACUUUUGGUGCUUUGCCGUAAGAAUUUUCCGGCCUGGGGUGUCGGUUCAAGCCACCUCGGCUCCUGGUACUUCGCAGAUGGGUUGAUUUGUGCCUCAGACUUGGACCCUUGUUCAAGGACUCAGGCAUGGUCGCAAGCCUCGACCACGGGGAAGCGAUCCAGGCAGUGUUCAAUCGCUGUGAUGCUGACAAGAGUGGCAGCAUUGAUGUGAAUGAAUUGGGGAAAUGUAUGCGUUUGCUGGGCAUGAACCCCACAGAAGCGGAGGUAGUGGCUGCAAUGGAAAGUGUGGAUGAGAACAAGAACGGAAAGCUCGAGUUUGACGAGUUUCGUGGCUUGAUGGAGCCCAGACUGUCGGAAUGGCUGCAAAACGAUCAAGUCAAAGUCCUCACAGAUUGCUUCAAGGUGUUUGACACCGAAGGCACGGGCAAGAUCAGCAAGGAGAUGCUGAGCCAUAUCAUGACAUCACAGGGUGACAAGCUGACGGAGGCUGAGCUCGACAGAAUGAUGAAGGCAGCUGAUUCAGAUGGCGAUGGAAUGAUUGAUUACCAGGAGUUUGUGAUCAAUCACUUCUUUGGACCAAAUAGCCGAGUUUCUACUGGCACUUGGGGGUCCCUUUCUUGGUCAGGCUCAGUCUCUGGGCACAUCUCCAAUGCCUACACUGCAGCGUCAGAGUCCGUGAAUGCGGCAGUUGCAAAUGUUCCCAGCGUGGGAGAGAUGGUGGACAGUGCGAAGAACGUUGCAGACAGCGCAGCAACAAAAGCUCAAGAGAUGGUUGCAAAUGCUCCAAGCAAAGAGGCGGUGGUUGAAGGUAUCAAGGAUGCUGCUUCAAAUGCUGCAACUGUGGCCGGAGAGGCAGUUGCAGUUACAAGAGAUGCAAUUGCCGAGCAAGCAGCACAAGCUGCUGCCGCGGUGGCACCUCCGGCUGCACAGGAACAGGAUGUCGCACAAGAAGUAUCAGCAGAAGCUCCUCCCGCUGCGGAGCCGGCAGAAGUUCCAGAGGUGGAAGAAGGCAAAAAGGAGGAACCACCAGCAGCAGGGCAGGCAGCAGACGACACAUCUGCACCUGCUGAUGAAAAGAAGGAGGAGACAGCAGCAGCCCCAGUGGAAGAGGAGAAGAAGGAAAACGAACCAGCAGCACAGGCUGCAGAGGAGGUGCCAGCACCUGCUGCAGAAGAGAAGGAGGAGGCAGCAGCCCCAACGGAAGAGGAGAAGAAGGAGGACGAGCCAGCAGCACAGGCUGGUGAGGAGGCGCCAGCACCUGCUGCAGAAGAGACGGAGGAGGCAGCAGCCCCAGUGGAAGAGGAGAAGAAGGAAGACGAACCAGCAGCACAGGCUGCAGAGGAGGUGCCAGCACCUGCUGCAGAAGAGAAGGAGAAGGCCGCAGCCCCAACGGAAGAGGAGAAGAAGGAAGACGAACCAGCAGCACAGGCUGGUGAGGAGGCGCCAGCACCUGCUGCAGAAGAGACGGAGGAGGCAGCAGCCCCAGUGGAAGAGGAGAAGAAGGAAGCCGAACCAGCAGCACCGGCUGGAGAGGAGGUGCCAGCACCUGCUGCGCAAGAGAAGGAGGUGGCAGCAGCCCCAGUGAAAGAGGAGAAGACGGAAGACGAACCAGCAGCACCGGCUGCAGAGGAGGCGCCAACACCUGCUGCAGAGAAGGAGGAGGCAGCAGCCCCAGUGGAAGGUGAGGAAAAGACGGGGGAAGAAUCAGCUCCAGCAGCGGAGCACACGGCAACACAAGAAGAAGAAAAGAAGGAUGAUGCACAGGUUUCGUCGUCGUUCAUUUGAGGGACCAUUGAGAAGAGCUUUAAUGCUAGUUGGAUUCUGUUUUCAUAGCAGGAGGUGGCUGUGAAUCACUCUACACAGCUGUGUAAAGUGGCAAAGCGAGUGGCCAGUGGCAGUUCUGCGCAGUGAUAAUGCCAUGCUUAGCAACUUGUGGGCAUUGUGGCUUUUGAACACGGCCUUAGUUCAACGGCUGAGGUCCAAACAAACUUGUAGGCCGAGUUUAGCUGCCACAAGACCUGCAUGUCGGUUGCCGAGAGUUAGUGUGCUUGCCAAGCUUGCCAAGCAAGCGUUUUUUGGCAUGAAUGACUGGUUUAGCUGAACACGGUGCAGAACGCCCAGUUUGCUUGCUGGUCAAAGGGUCAAGUCUGGCAAUCCAAAGGAUGCCUCAAGCUUGCCUUGGUAAUGUAAUUCCAGACUUCAGGGCUGUGCUUAGACGACAGCUUCAUGACUCUUUGAGUUUACCUUUUAGUUUACAAACGUGUAGACAAAGAUAUUCUUGUAUUCUUUUUUCCCAUGGUAUCAGCUUGUCUCAAGCAUAUCACGAACCUGAUGCAUCUGAGAGUAGGACUGGAACCGAUCAAUGGCAUCAGCGAGGGUUCCACAACAUUAGAUCCGC